GGGCACGGGCCUCUUCUCUGGGUUCACUCGGUUAUGCAAGGGCCUUGCGGUGGUGCUUGUUUGCGGUCACAUUGCGGUUCAGUUUUUCCCUUCAGCUGUUAACUACCUUGCUCUUAUUCCCGCCAGGAAGGAUCCUAGGGGUAAGCUGGGCUUGAUGAGGACAUCUGGCAUUUCAGUGGAGGAUUAAGAAUAUAUAAAAUAGCUAGGGCUUAAGUUUUGUGAGCCUGUGGUUGAGCUUGUUCAAGUUGUUUGAACAAUAGGUAUGGAGGGGGCUUGCUAAUGCUAAUUAUCAAGGAUGGGGGCAGCAGCAGCACAGCGGGCCUUGGCUUCAUGAGGCUCGUCUAUGGAGACUUGCAUUAGCUGAUGGAGGAUCUUGACCAUCCAAUGGGCUUUAUGGCAUCAUCAAUCACGCACCCCAAGUUUGUAAUUGAAUGGGAAAGAUUGGUGCUAGGAUAUGUAACAUUAAGUCAUUAAGGCAAACUAAUGUUACUAAGACAAUCCCAUUUGCCUGGAAUCUCAUCACAGCUGGUUAUGUUGAACAAUCUAUAUAUGGGGUAGUGGUCAGCACAUUAAGUCUCCUGUUUAUUGGGAAGCUGCUUGAACCAAUAUGGGGCUCCAGGGAAUUCUUUAAAUUCAUCUUUGUGGUUAAUCUUCUAACUUCAGUAUGUUUAUUCAUCACUGCUAUUGCUUUUUACUACAUUACAAGGCUGGAGACUUACCUUUACAUGCCACUUUCUGGAUUUCAUGGAGUUGUAUCUGGUUUCUUGGUUGGCGUCAAGCAAAUUAUACCAGAUCAAGAGCUUCCUUUCAUUAAGAUAAAAACAAAGUGGUUGCCAUCUAUCACUGUAUUGCUUUCCAUUGCUAUUAGCUUCUGGACGCUAGAGGCUACAGCAUAUCUUCCAACCAUUAUAUCUGGCACGUAUAUAAGCUGGAUUUAUCUUAGAUACUGGCAGAGGAAACCAGAAACUAAACAUAGAGGUGACCUGAGUGAAGAUUUUGCUUUCUCCACAUUUUUUCCAGAAUUUUUAAGACCGGUCAUUGACCCUAUCGCUUCAAUAUUUCAUCGAAUGCUCUGUGGAAGAUAUGAUGCUUCUAAUGAUGAUGGCUACAGUCUGGAAAAUGAGCCUUUACCAGGUUCAGACUCAAUUGAGGCAUCCAGGAGAAGAGAAAGAGGUGCUCGAGCACUGGAAGAACGAUUGGCUGCAGAGAGGUUGGCUGCUGCACGACGUGAGUUGCAAAGAGAGGCUGAGGAAAAUGUGUAAUUCCUCAGAUUUUGUAAAUUUGGAUCAGUUCAGCCAAUAUGAAACUAUUAGGAGUGAUAUUUUCAGAGGUCGUACAGUAAUUAGAAAUUUUUUGUUUAGGUCAAGGAAGAUUUUAUUGAGUUUUGCCAUGGACUAUGAUCUUUACAAAACCAAAGGUUUCUCUUUCUUUUGUCAGAUAAAUAUAAUUGACUUUCUUGUGUACUUUACCCAAAUAUAUAGAAUCUAAGACGGAGUCUACCGUGCGUACGAAAGUGAAAAUUUAAACCGUUAGAUCAACUUAUUUUAAAAUUAA